AUGAGCACAAAGCAGUACCAUCUCAUCUGCUUCAGCUGCAAAGCCAUUUCUGAUUCCUAUGAGGCCUUCCUGGAUGUCCCCUUGGAUAUCAAAGCAGCCUCAUCCCUCACUGCAGCUCUGGAGGACUUUGUAACACCUGAGCACCUGGAUGGUGAAAACUGCUUUAAAUGUAGCAAGUGUGAGAAGAAUGUUGCCGCCACUAAGAGGUUCACUGUCCACUGUGCACCCAAGGUUCUCACUGUGUGUCUGAAGAGGUUUGACUGCUUCACUGGUGGGAAGAUCAGCAAGGUUGUAGAGUAUCCGGAGUACUUGGAUCUUCGCCCAUACAUGUCUCAGGCAGAUGGAGAAGCACUCCUCUACUCCUUAUAUGCUGUCCUGGUGCACAGUGGUGUCAGCUGUCAUGGAGGACACUAUUUCUGCUACACAAAGGCCAGCAAUGGAUUGUGGUACCGGAUGGACGAUGAAUCUGUGGAGCUGUGUUCCAUUGACACAGUUCUCAGGCAGCAAGCCUACCUGCUGUUCUAUGCCAGAUGCUCGGAUCUGAGAAUUGGAGAAAGGGCUUCUUCCUCACUGGCACCAUCACAUGCCCCUUCCUUCCUCAGUCAGUGUGCGGCCAGCAGCAAGCAGGCGGGCUCUGUUGGACCACAGGGUCUGACUGGUAGGACUAAGGGCAUGAAGGACACUGGCAGGGAGCGGUCCCGGAGCAGAUCCCCUCUGUGGGGCAGGGAUCUCCGCAGCUGGUCUGUGGACACCACAGACUAUGAUGACUCUUCAGAGAGAAGAACUGGUCCUCCAAGUCGUGACCGUGGUCCUAGGGAUAGCACAGCUGCAAGGCCUUCCAAGAGGAUCUGCCGGUGGGCUCCCGCUCCCAGGGCUGCUCAGGAGCAAACCUUGCUGAGGCAGAGGGAGCCAAGCAGAUCUGUGCAGGGAACUUACAACCUUUGCAGGAAGGACACUGGCAGGGAGCGGUCCCGGAGCAGAUCCCCUCUGUGGGGCAGGGAUCUCCGCAGCUGGUCUGUGGACACCACAGACUAUGAUGACUCUUCAGAGAGAAGAACUGGUCCUCCAAGUCGUGACCGUGGUCCUAGGGAUAGCACAGCUGCAAGGCCUUCCAAGAGGAUCUGCCGGUGGGCUCCCGCUCCCAGGGCUGCUCAGGAGCAAACCUUGCUGAGGCAGAGGGAGCCAAGCAGAUCUGUGCAGGGAACUUACAACCUUCGCAGCCGGUUUGUGCCGUACACAGACUAUGACCGCUCACUGCGGAAGAGAAAGAGGGAGAGAACAAGUCCUCCACGUUGUGACCAAGUCUUAGUGAAUACUGCAGUUCCAGGGCCCUCCAAAGCCAGCUCCAAGCAGGCUCUCAUGCUCCGGGCUGCUCAGGAGCAAACCCGACAGAGGCAGAGAGAGCAGAGAAGAUCAACAUGGCGGGGCUAUGAUCGCCACAGCCAGUUUGGGCAGCACACAGACUACCGCCCUUCAGAGAAGAAGAGGAGGGUUUCCACGCCCCAGAGAUUCACGUCAGACAAGCAUUCAGGGCACUCUGGCAAUGAUGGCGUUGGAUUAUGGCCCUGGCUCAAGCAGAACGGAAGACUAGCACUGCGUUUAUUAGCCAAGGCAUCCUUGUUUUCGACACGCCUACUCAAACCUGAGUGA